UGAGAAGUUUUGGCCUGUCCCAUUAUUCAUAGCCACAGGGGGCAGGACACGAGCUCCCAAACCUUCACAGGGAAGAAACAGAAGCGGUGGAGACUGUCCCCACCUAUGAGAGGCUAAUGGAGUGCUCCAGGAACUCUAUCCUAUUUCCAACACUAAAAAAGUUUUGCCAUUUGUCAUAUUGAUUUAAAGUAGGCGAUUUAGAGGAUCAAUGACAGGUUAAAAUGUAGUUUAUAUUCGGAAGAAUGGCGUCAAAGGGAAAAUUAAAUGAGACGGAACUUUUGGAAGUUGACAUAUGUGACGACAGCGGCUUGUGUUUUGAAGAAAGUGGGUUUGUAAACUCUCCGUGCGCGUCUUGGGAUGUCUUUGCAGAUUUUCAGCAUUGGACAGGUCCCACCAAAUUUCCCAGUGACACAGCAGCGAUACAAGAGCAGCAGCAAGCCCUACCGGGACCAGCGUCAGGCAAUGCCCGCCCUGCGACCAGCGGCAGUGACUGUGAGGGACCCGAGAUAAGCGGCGCUUCGCGGGCGUCCAUAGUGGACUGCCUGCUGGUGGAGUUGUAUGACACGUACAGUGGAGGCAGUAGGAGACAGGACAGCUGGGACAGCUCCACGGAGGCAUCCGGGUCCGAGGCGUUCAUGUGCCGCAGCAACCCCGCGUCCAACCUCCUUCAGGAGCUCCAGGAGAAACAUACCAGGAGACACCAGAGGAACUACUUGGCCCAAAAAGACCUGGAAGAAUUGCGGUCUAUGAUUCAGGAGGUGAAGUACCGCACCAGUCUGCAGUCGGCCAAACUGAUCAGGCAGUUGAAGAGGCGGGACCGACUUUGCCACAAACUGCAGAAAAACUAUGACAUCAUCACAGCAUGUCUUCAGGCUGUGUCUCAGAAGCGACGUGUUGACACGAGACUGAAGUUCACCAUUGAACCAUCUAUUGGGAAGAAUGGGUUUCAGCAGUGGUACGAUGCCCUUAAAUCAGUGGCAAGGCUCCCCACUGGAAUACCAAAAGAGUGGAGGAAAAGGGUUUGGCUCACAUUAGCUGACCAGUACCUCCACUCCAUAUCCAUUGACUGGGAGAAGACUCUUCGCUUUGCUUUCAAUGAGCGCAGUAACCCAGAUGAUGACUCACUUGGCAUUCAGAUCGUCAAGGAUCUUCACAGGACUGGGUGCAGUUCUUACUGUGGACAAGAGGGUGAGCAGGACAGGGUGGUGCUGAAGAGGGUCCUGUUGGCAUAUGCUCGCUGGAAUAAAAAAGUGGGCUACUGCCAGGGCUUUAAUGUACUGGCAGCUCUCAUCCUAGAAGUAACAGAAGGCAGUGAAAGUGAUGCUCUUAAGGUGAUGAUCUACCUAAUUGAUAAAGUUUUGCCAGAAAGUUAUUUUGCCAACAAUCUGCAGGCACUAUCAGUGGACAUGGCAGUGUUCAGAGAUUUAUUGCGCUUGAAGUUGCCAAGACUAUCCCAGCACCUCCACCACCUACAGAAAACUGCCAACAAAGAAGCUGGAGGCAGCUAUGAACCCCCACUUACCAAUGUUUUCACUAUGCAAUGGUUCUUGACCAUGUUUGCGACCUGUUUGCCAGCACCCACUGUGCUAAAGAUUUGGGAUUCAGUUUUCUUUGAAGGCUCAGAGGUGCUGUUUCGAGUUGCACUUGCUAUCUGGGAACGACUAGGAGAGAGGAUAGAGUAUUGUCAGACUGCAGAUGACUUUUACAGCACAAUGGGUUGUCUGACUCAAGAGAUGUUAGAACAUAACCUUAUUGACCCAGCAGAUCUAAUGCAUGAAGUUUACUCCAUGGCAGUGUUUCCCUUUCCACAACUGGCUGAGUUAAGAGAGAAAUACACCUACAAUAUUACACCGUUCCCUACCUCAGUUAAAUCAAAUGGAAGUGUUGGUCUAGGCAACUGGGAAAGUGAUGAUGAUGCAGACAUGGAUGAUGAAGAUAGUAUGGUGACAGCGCUUGGUUGUUUGGGGCCACUGGGUGGGCUGCUGGCUCCGGAGCUGCAGAGAUACCAGAAACAUCUCAAGGACCAAAGAGCUGAGCAUGGUAAUAUUGCAGAAUUGAGUCCAGGAGCAGUUGGGGGGACUGGACACAGCCGGUCUGAGCAUCAAGCAGCUAUCAACAGCAUGAUGAUGGAAAGGAUGAGUACUGACAUCUAUGCCCUCAAAAAGCAAUACGCCCGAAUUAAGAAGAGGCAGCAGCAACAGUCUAUGCAACUCUGCAUCCGAACAGGACGUGUACCUGAAAUGGCCACAAGUCCAGGGAUUCUUCAGGAUCAUCAACGCAAGAAAGAGAGCGAUGAAACUGAUGAUAAGUGUCCUGCUACCCGCGUUACAACCUCUCAACUCAACAAUUCGACUGUCAUCAACCACCUUCUGUUGGGUCGCAAACCAAAAGCCUUAAGGCCCUCCUCCACACUGCCCGGGCCCCGAGCUGGUACCUCCUAUUCCCAGGGAUCUCCGUCCAGGCAGCGCUGCAGCUCAUUCGCUUCCACUGGAUCUACCAGGAGCUCCCCCUGGCGUGACCACGUUCGUAUGCACCGAAAGAAUAUAGCCAGGGCCCGCGCUCAACUGGGUUUUGAAGACUCUGAAGAAAAGGAGGAUGAGGAAGAAGAGGAAGUAGAUGGUAGAGGAAUUACAAAGGAAAAUGAGUUGGAGGAGAGAGUUGUUAACGAGACUGAAAGAGAUGGGUCAGAUUGUCUUUCUCCAAACCCGUCAGUCACAGGAUCUUCAUAUGGGGAUUCUGUGAAAGUUGAGGAUGAGGUAGAUGUAGCAGAAGUAGAGGACAUUGUGGUGCAGCUACAUACUUUAGACCUCAAAGAUGAAUCUGCAAAUAAAAGCGAUCCACACCCUGAAACACAAGAGGAGAACUUAAGCCAAGGAAUCAACACGGAUUCUGACAGGACCUAUCCAUCUUCACCUCCUGUCUCUCCUCCCAGAAGCCCAUCCCAAGCUUCUACUCCAAUAGACCCCCCUUCAUGCUCCUCCCCUGUGCCUCUCACUACUCCUGUCACUGCCUUAACCUCCUCCCUCAAAUCCUCAUCUUCAAUCAGUUGUCUGUCUUCUGUGGCCACCCCUGCAUCCACCAGCUUCUACCGGACCCCUUGCCCCUCUACACCUGCUUCACUUUCUGCGUCUUCAUCAUCCAAGUCGGACAUGUCCUCUUCUCCCUCCACUCCCUCAUUUGCUACGGUUUCCACUCCUAAGCAGCCAGCCUUCUCGCCUUUUCCCUGUGUAAAGCAGCCAAGGAAAUCUGCAGCUGCCAGAAACCUUGGUCUCUAUGGGCCCACUGCCAAAACACCAACUGUACACUUCCCCCAAAUGAGCCGAAAUUUCAGUCGAUGUGGCACUGCUGCGGCCACCGGGAGGCGCUAAAAUGCUGUAUUAUCAUUCCCUGUAAACAUGAGUACAUCUUUUUUCACCAUGUUGCCUGCUGCAGAUACAGUAUAAACACAUUUUCUAUUUAUCUGGGCAACAUUAUUCUUGACUUAAAUUUAAAUGAUGCAUACAAAAGCUGUAUUUCUUUCCUCUUACUUGGUGCUGUUUAAGGCAUAGUGCUUCAGCCAUAAAUACAGUAGUUUUACUGUCCCUUUGCAUAUGCUCUGUAACACAUAGUAUGUCAGAUUACAGCUUGGACCUGCAUUAUUAUAUCAAUCUAUUCACGCAAGCAGUGGUUAUAAUCAAGCACUUAAACAGACAUGUCUAUUUGAAUAGAAUAUUUAUGAAAUAUCUUAAUUCUGUAGUCAAAAUGAAGUUAAUGCAUUACUGACUACUGUGUACAGUGAAAUGAAUGUUCAAGGGUGGAAUUGAAAUAACACUUACUGCAUACAGCCUCAAUACACCAUGAUCUGAUUUUGUUUUUGUGCAUAUUAGAUAAAGAUUUAUUUAUUAAGAUCAAGAUAUUUGCUUCUGCACUGGUUUCAUAACUUUUGUUUCAUUUUCUUUUUUUGUUUGGCUUAUGGUCAAAAUGAAAUUCUUGCGUAUAAUUUUCUUUGAGGCUAAAUUGAGACUGAAUCAAUCAUAAUAAAAAAUAAAUGGGUAUUACUGGAAAACCU